UUUUUUCUUUUUUAAUCUGAAGCGUUCUUCGGGUUUGCAAACACUACUAUUCAUCUUUUCCCAUCGUGGUUGGGAGAGAAUCUUUCUCUUGUUCUAUGAGUCUGCUUUUCUCUACCGAACUCGGCCAUUAAUCCAUUCCUCCGCUGUCAUUCUGUUUGCGGUCUAUAUCCUUGACAGCUUGAUUUAUCUUUUACUUUUUAAUUUCUCCUUAGCAAACCCAACUACAUAAUUCCAGAUCAGAAUCCCAAAUUCUUGGCGGAUCCAUUGACUCAUACUAUACUAUACUAUCUCAUCCCAACAUUGACAUAGACUUUGGCCCAGAUCCAAUCGACUAUCUAUACUCACUGGCUAGCAUACAACCUUCCACUCAAUACUACUAUCAUAUGCGCCUGGAAGAUGUCAUCCUCCCAGGCGCCUCCCCAAGUCGACGAGAAAUGGUCUCGGCAUAGCCAGGAGGAGGCUAUGGAAGGGGAUGCCCACUCCAUCGGCGGUUCAACCACCUCCUCGGAAGACACCAUACACCAAAUCGAGACCCUGACGCAGAGGAUCUCUCGACUGUCUGAGCCAGAGCCCAAUCUCACUCGAAGGGUUACGUCGCAUGGAACGACGGGGACGUCUGACCCCAGCUACGAAGUAGACUGGGAGGGCGAUGACGACCCGGAAAAUCCUAAGAACUGGUCCCUGGCCUACAAAGCCAUGUGCAUCGCGUUUCUCUCGUGGAACACCGUCAUGAUCGUCAUCUACUCAACCUCAUACACCUCCGGCGCUGAGCAAAUCUCCGCCGAGUUUGAGAGCCCCAGCAUAAUCGUCACUUUAGGCCUGACGUUCUACCUCAUUGGUCUGGCGGUAGGCUCGAUGUUCACGGCGCCUUUGAGCGAGGUAUACGGCCGCCGGCCCGUCGCAGCCAUAUGUCUCGUUAUCUUUUCUAUCCUGAUCAUCCCGUGCGCGCUGGCCAAAUCCGUCACCACUCUCAUCGUGGUGCGGUUCAUUGGAGCACUGUUUGGAAGCGUGAUGAUCUCCAGCGCGCCGGGGAUGGUAUCCGACUUGGUGAACGACGACCAGCGGGCUCUGGCCAUGUCGAUCUGGAGUAUUGGCCCUGUAAACGGUCCAGUCCUGGGCCCCAUCAUCGGAGGCUUCGUCACAGAGUACCUCGGCUGGCGCUGGAUGCAAUGGAUCUCGCUAAUCCUAUCCGCCAUCGCGCUCGUCUUCUGCCUCGCCAUGAAAGAAACCUACGGGCCCAUCCUCCUCAAGCGCAAGGCGGCACGCAUGCGCGAAGAAACAGGCGAAGCCCGCUGGUGGAGCCGCUACGACGAGAAGACGACCAUCGGCGAAAUGCUCAAGGUCGCGCUGGGCCGGCCGUUCGUCAUGGCCGUCACCGAGCCCAUCUGCAUCUUCUGGAACAUCUACAUCGGCAUCGUCUACGGUAUCCUGUACCUGUGUUUCACAGCCUACCCGAUCGUCUACCGCGAGAUCCGCGGGUGGUCGCUGGGUAUCUCGGGGCUUGGGUUCUUGGGUAUCGGAACCGGGUGUAUGGUGACUAUCGUGUGUGAGCCGCUCAUCCGCCGCAUGAUUAAUAGUCACCGCAUUGAUCCCGAGACUGGAAAGGUGUCUGCGGAGGCGAUGGUCUCUAUCGUGUGUAUCUCGGCUGUGCUUAUCCCUGUCGGUGAGCUCUGGUUCGCGUGGACUUGCUCUCCGGCUUCUAUCCAUUGGAUCGCGCCUAUCCUGGCGGGCAUGUUCUUCGGCGCGGGGAACACGGGUGUCUUUAUCUAUGCGUCGAACUACCUCGCGCACAGUUACGGCGUGUACGCUGCGUCUGCGAUGGCCGGUAACUCAGUCGUCCGGAGCGUCCUCGGCGGUGUGAUGCCCCUGGUGGGAACGUAUCUGUAUGCCGGGUUGGGCCCUAACUGGGCCGGGACGCUGCUCGGUCUGCUCGAGGUGGCUAUCAUUCCGAUUCCGUUCAUCUUCUACAAAUACGGGUACAAGAUCCGCCAGAAGAGUGCUCUUAUCUCCCAGAUGCAGGAGGACAAGAGGAAGAUGGAGGGGAAGCGGAAGCGGCUGGAGCAACGGCUGGAGCAGCGGCUGGCGGCGCAGAACGCCGAGGAUAUGAAGAUGGAUGUCUAGUCUCGGGCAUCACGGCUUGUUUUCUGGUUUAUUUGAUGAGACCAUGGACCAAGUGCACGUCAUGAUGACAAAAAAAAGUUAAAAGUUAUUUGUUUGUUUGCAAAAGCCAUCUAGCAUGGAUGGCGUUGGCGUUUGAUUUAUUCAUUCUGGGUUGCAUGGUUGGUUAGAACUAAUGCGUAGCACCCAAACAUUAUAUAGACACAGAUUAGGUUGAGUAAUAGAUAAUAG